AUGGCGGGCGGGGAAAACCGGGGGUACGGGGAGCCGGUAUCAGUGGUGACCGUGCGGGUGCAGUACCUGGAGGACACCGACCCCUUCGCAUGUGCCAACUUCCCGGAGCCGCGCCGGGCCCCCACCUGCAGCCUGGACGGGGUGCUUCCCCUGGGCACGCAGAUACCUGCACUGCACCGCCUGCUGGGGGCGCCGCUCAAGCUAGAGGACUGUGCCCUGCAAGUAUCUCCCUCUGGAUACUACCUGGACCCAGAGCUGUCCCUGGAAGAACAGCGGGAGAUGCUGGAGGGCUUCUAUGAAGAGAUCAGCAAAGGGCGGAAGCCUACACUGAUUCUGCGGACCCAGCUCUCCGUGAGAGUCAAUGCCAUCUUGGAAAAGUUAUAUGGCUCCAGUGGCCCUGAGCUCCGUAGAUCCCUCUUCUCACUGAAGCAGAUCUUCCAGGAGGACAAGGACCUGGUGCCUGAGUUUGUGCACUCAGAGGGUCUCAGCUGCUUAAUCCAUGUGGGUGCUGCUGUGGACCACAACUACCAGAGCUACAUCCUCCGAGCACUAGGCCAGCUGAUGCUUUUUGUGGAUGGGAUGCUGGGGGUGGUGGCCCACAGUGAGACUGUGCAGUGGCUGUACACACUGUGUGCCAGCCUGUCCCGCUUGGUGGUGAAGACAGCCCUGAAGCUUCUGCUGGUGUUUGUGGAAUACUCUGAAAACAAUGCGCCACUGUUCAUCCAAGCUGUCAACUCUGUGGCCAGCGCCAACGGCUCUCUCCCAUGGGCCAAUCUAGUGUCCAUCCUGGAGGAGAAGAAUGGUGCUGACCCUGAGUUGUUGGUGUACACAGUCACCCUCAUCAACAAGACUCUGGCAGCACUCCCCGACCAGGACUCCUUCUACGACGUGACCGAUGCACUAGAGCAGCAAGGUAUGGAGGCUCUGGUCCAACGCCACUUGAGCACCGCGGGCACUGAUGUCGACCUGCGCACACAACUUGUGCUCUACGAGAACACCCUGCGGUUGGAGGAUGGAGACAUCGAGGAAGCUGCUGCUGGUGGGAGGCGGGAGCGCCGAAAGCCAUCUUCAGAGGAAGGCAAAAGGAGCCGCAGAUCUCUAGAAGGUGGGGGCUGCCCUGGGCGCCCCCUGGAACCUGGCUCCGCAGGCCCUGCCUCGCCAGCAGGCUCCACCUCCAGCCUCCGGGGCCCUGCCCUACCGAUGGUCUCCACCUCCUCCAGUGGCCCCGCCCCACUAACUGGCCCCGCCUCCAGCUCCGUGGAACCUUCCUCUGGCCUCCGUACCUCUGUGAACCUCUUUCCGACCAUGUCCGUGGGGCCCUCAGCUGACAGCUCCUGCGAGAGGAGCAUCUACAAACUUCACCAAACUGCUCCUGUUUGGGCCUCUGAGAGCCCACCUGUCCCCCAGUCCCCUACUGGGCAGGCCAGGCAGGAAGCCCGGUUCCUGGAGAAUGUGGCAGCAGCAGAAACAGAGAAACAGGCUGCGCUGGCCCAGGGCCGGGCAGAAACGUUGGCUGGGGCCAAGCCCGAUGAGACUGAUGGGCACCUAGACACCCAGGAACUGUGGGGCUCCCCAGAACCAUCCCCUGCACCCAGAACACCCCAAAGCCCUGCCCCCAAAGUUCUGCUCCGGGCCCAGCAGAGCCUUGAGCCAGAGCUCAAGGAACCACUGGCCCCACCAAGCCCCAAGGCUGAGCCUUGGGAGAUCCCUAUCCGUGUACCCAAGCUCUGCAUUGGAGACCUGGACUUCUCAGAUCUGGGGGAGGAUGAAGACCAGGACAUACUGAACAUGGAGUCUGUGGAGGCUGGGAAAGGGGUCCCACCCCCACCACCCCCACUGCCUCUGCUCACUGGCAGUCCACCUCCUCCACCCCCACCUCCCCCACCCAUGAAAGGCUCAUUCCCACUCCCUCCACCCCUGGCUGUCCCUCUUCCUCCCUCAGCACCUGAUGGCCUAGCUCUCCCCACCAAGAAGAAGACAGUAAAACUCUUCUGGCGGGAGCUGAAGCUGGCUGGGGGCCAUGGAGGCUCUAGGAGCCACUUUGGGCCCUCCCCCACCCUGUGGGCCUCACUGGAGCCUGUCUCAGUAGACACAGAUCGGCUGGAACACCUGUUUGAGUCCCGUGCUAAGGACGUGCUGCCUUCCAAGAAAGCUGGUGAGGGCCGUCGGACAAUGACCACAGUGCUGGACCCCAAGCGCAGCAACGCCAUCAACAUUGGCCUAACCACACUGCCACCUGUGCACGUCAUUAAGGCUGCCCUGCUCAACUUUGAUGAGUUUGCUGUCAGCAAGGAUGGCAUUGAGAAGCUACUGACCAUGAUGCCCACGGAAGAGGAGCGGCAGAAGAUCGAGGAGGCCCAGCUGGCCAAUCCUGACAUACCCCUGGGCCCAGCUGAGAAUUUCCUGAUGACUCUUGUCUCCAUUGGGGGCCUGGCUGCCCGCCUACAACUCUGGGCCUUCAAGCUGGACUACGACAGCAUGGAACGGGAAAUUGCAGAGCCGCUGUUUGACCUGAAAAUGGGCAUGGAACAGCUGGUGCAAAAUGUCACCUUCCGCUGUAUCCUGGCCACCCUGCUAGCUGUGGGCAACUUCCUCAACGGUUCCCAGAGCAGCGGCUUUGAACUGAGCUACCUGGAGAAGGUGUCAGAGGUGAAGGACACGGUGCGCCGGCAGUCACUGCUGCAUCAUCUUUGCUCCUUGGUGCUCCAGACCCAGCCUGAUUCCUCUGACCUCUACUCUGAAAUCCCUGCCCUGACACGUUGUGCCAAGGUGGACUUUGAGCAGCUGACUGAGAACCUGGGGCAGCUGGAGCACCGCAGCUGGGCAGCUGAGGAGAGUCUGCGGAGCUUGACUAAACAUGAGCUGACUCCAGCUCUGAGAGCCCGCCUUACCCACUUCCUGGCCCAGUGUGCCCGCCGAGUCGCCAUGCUGCGGGUAGUGCACCGCCGUAUCUGCAACAGGUUCCACGCCUUCCUGCUGUACCUGGGGUAUACAGCACAGGCGGCUCGGGAAGUGCGUGUCACGCGGUUCUGCCACACACUGCGGGAGUUUGCACUGGAGUAUCGCACCUGCCGGGAGCGCGUGUUGCAGCAGCAGCAGAAGCGGGCCACAUACCGUGAGCGCAACAAGACCCGGGGACGCAUGAUCACCGAGACAGAGAAGUUCUCAGGUGUGGCUGGGGAGGCCACCAGCAACCCAACUGUCCCGGUGGCUGUGGGCAGUGGGCCAGGCCCAGGUGAUGCUGAUAGUCAUGCCAGCAUGAAGAGUCUACUGACCACCAAGCGUGAGAACACCACACAUGGCCGCCGCAGCAGAGGCAUGGUCCAGAGCAGCUCCCCAGUCAUGCCCUCAGCCAUGGGGCCCUCCAUGGCACCCUCAGAAGAACCCCAGGGCUCCAGUUUAGCCAGUGACACUUCAGAUGAGAUCAUGGACCUGCUGGUACAAUCAGUGACCAAGAGCAGUCCUCGUGCCUUAGCUGCUCGGGAGCGCAAGCGUUCCCGUGGCAACCGCAAGUCUUUGAGAAGGACAUUGAAGAGUGGGCUUGGAGAAGACCUGGUGCAGGCACUGGGACUAAGCAAGGGUCCUGGCCUGGAAGUCUGAAGGUGCUGCCUCCAGGACACUUAUCUGGGCUCUGGCCUGCAGUGCAAGAGACUAUAGAGCGAAGAGGGCCCAGAGCAGAAUCUGGGUCUCUUCUAAACUCUUGGGCCACUCUGUAUUUGGUGGCUAGUGCCUUGAACAGUAUUAGCUAUGUGCGCGUCUGUGUGUGUGUGCAUGUGUGAGUUCCCCAAAUGCAUGUAGCCUAAUAAAGU